AAAGAGAAGUUAAGGCCUUCACUGUGCAGCUUGUGCCUUUGGAGAGAAAAGAACCAGUUCCUUUGCACAGUCCCUGAUUGCUUGCUUAUUGCAGAAUCUAAACGUAAGAAAUUCCGAUUCCGUUCGGAGAGUUUGAGCCACUUUAGUCUGUGAUGUUAACCUCAGCUGGGCCUCUGUGAAACAGAAGCUGCCUGCAAACCCGGAAAGUGUAUAUGUACAGGGGGUUAUGGGAUGGAUGGAGCAGAGCAGGAUCAGCAUGAAACUCAUCUCAAGGAAGUAUUUAACAGUUUCGAUGCCACUGGUUGUGGGUCUCUUGGCCAAGAGGAGCUAAUAAAACUCUGCCAGUUGCUGAACAUAGAAGAAGUGACUCCAGCACUCCAGCAAACAUUAUUUCAGGACAAUCUCCUAGGCAAGGUGUAUUUUGACCAGUUUAAGGAAGCACUAAUACUUGUUUUAUCCAGAACUCUCUCCUUUGAAGAACACUUUGAAGAACCAGUCUGCUUUCCACAAGCUCAGCCCAAAUAUAUCAAAGAUGGGAAAUGCUAUGGCCGAAGAUCUUUGCCUGAGUUUCAAGAACCUUUGGGGGAAUUUGCUGAAGUGAGAGUGCUUGAAUCACUGAAUGAAAAAGCUCAGUCUUCACUCACUACUGCCAGUGACUUCAAUGAGUACCACAAGACUCACCAUGAUGAGGAAUAUGAAGCUGAAGGUCAGUUAAGGUUUUGGAACCCUGAUGACUUAAAUGCCUCACAGAGAGGAUCUUCUCCCACUCAAGGUUGGAUUGAUAACAAACUACAUGAAGUUUGUGAAGAUCUUGGGUUGUCUCAAGAUGCCCACUUAAAUAAAAAGAAGCUGAUCUCCAUCUGUGAACAAUAUGACUUGAAAAAUGUCAACAAGGAGAUGUUUGAAGCUGUCUUCCACGAUCUUGAGCCUGAUGGUACAAUGAGUAUGAAAGAUUUUUUCUAUGGUUUGUUUAAAAAUGGAACAUUCCUUACCACAUCAGCUUCAACUCCUUAUAGACAGCUGAAAAGACACCUCUCCAUGCAGUCCUUUGAUGAAAGUGGGAGACGCACCAUGAUUUCUUCAACAAUUACAAGUUCAAUUACCUUCCGAUUAUUCUCUUGUCUUGACGAUGGAAUGGGAUAUGGUUCUGUGGAACAAAUACUUGAUACAUGGAAUGAAGAGGGCAUUGAGAAUGGGCAGGAUAUCUUAAAGGAAAAUAGUCGUUUAGAAAAUGAACUACUGGAAAAUGCUGAAAAGCUAGCAGAGUAUGAGAGUCUGGUAACUAAAUUGCAGAAGAAUCUGGUCAGUGUACUCUCAGAAAAGUUUGGUGACUUAGAUCCCAAUAGUGCUGAGUCCUUUUUGCAAGAAGAGAGCCUAAGCAAGAUGAAAACUGAAUAUGAACAGCAGUGCAGAAUGUUACAGGACCAAGUGGAUGAACUCCAGUCUGAACUGGAAAAAUAUCGUGAUCAAGGCAAAGUGUUGAAACUUCCUUUCAAGAACUUUCUUUCUGAAGAGUUUGAUGUUAGAUGUCACAGUAUAGACCUUGACCAAGGGUUUAGUUCUGAAAAUUAUAAUCCGUUGAAUAUGAGCAUAGAAGCAGAGCUGAUUAUUGAACAACUGAAAGAACAGCAUCAUAGGGACAUGAAACGUAUAACACUGGAACUUACAGAUAAAAUUCUCCAUUGUGAAAAACAGCUAGAUGAAACCAAAGCCAACUGUGAAAAAGAACAAGAAAAUGUUAAACAAAAGUAUAAGAAUGAGAUACAUAUCUUGGAAAAACAAAUAAGUGGCCUUAAAAGUGAAAUUGAAGAACUACAGAAACAGACAAUUGUUCUGAAGAAAGAACAACAACAAACAGACUAUCGAUGUAUGAAGGAAAAAAAUGAAUUACAGGUUAAGUUUAAUGAAGAAAAGGCUCAUCUUCAGGAGAAGUUGAAGUUAGAACAUGAAAUGUUUCUCAAGAAUAAGCUAGAGCAGGUAAAGGAAAGCUUUAACCAAGAAAGAGAGAUUCUCAUUCAAAAUGGUACCUGGGCUGAAGAAAAGAUGAGAAAUUUAGUCAAGGCAAAAGAGGAAGAGAAAUAUAAACUAGAAGAGUUUUACCAGGAAAAGCUGAAAAGCCUACUGGAAAAACAUAAUCUUGAAAAAGAAGAGCUGCAGAGAAUACUUCUAGAAAAGUACCAAAACAAUCUCCAAGAGGAAAGGAAUAAAGUGGAAAUUGAGUUUAAUAGAAGAAACUCUCAGAUAGAAGCCCAUUUUCUGAGUGAAUGCCAAAAAGUCACAAGCAAAUAUGAAGAAACCCUAAAUGACCUGAAAGAUGCCUACCAACAAGAGCUGAAGGACUUGAUGAAAAAGCAAUUUGAGGAAAAAUCUAAGUGGGAAUUUGAAAAAGAUGAAAUUGCCCAGGAGUAUGCUGAAGCACAAGAACAACUUAAAGAAAUGCUGAAGCACGAGAAGGCAAACUUUCUUGUUUUGACAAGAGAGCAAGAGAUGCUCGAGAAAAAAUACAAAGAACAUUUAAUCAGCUUAGUAGCUGAGAAAGAACAGCUGCAAAAAGACCUAGAGGAGCUAAGGAAUAUGUCUAAAAGCCAACAAAACCAAUUGUCCAAAGAAAUUGAGCUCAAGAACAGUCAUGAAAAAGAAUUUAAAGAAAGAGAGCAUUUCAUGUCUCAGAUAGUUGAUAUAGGGAAGCUAGACAGGCAGAAACUUGAAGAGCAAGAGAUUAAAUGUGAAUAUGAAAAGGAAGACAUGGAUUCCCAAUUUCUGGCCAUGGACUUCAACAAAAAACCUUGUGAAAAAGGAGACAGAAAGAGCUUAGAAAUCUCUAGACUUCAGAAUAAGAUAAAGGAAUUGCAGCAAGGAAUUUUUUUAUUUACCAACCCUCAGAGUAAAUGCCAAGUAGCACCAAGUGAAAAUGCAGAUUUGGCUAGUGAGAUGUCACUACUUCAGCAAGGAACACAAAUUUUGGAAGAAAACGGUGAUAUUCUUAUAAACCUGCAAAGAGCCCAUGAGAGAGCAGUGAAGGAAAAUGUCAAAAUGGCUGCUGAAAUCAUCAGAUUACGUCAAAGACUACAAAAAUUAGAUCCAAAGUCAGUAACAUUUGCUUCUUUAGAGGAAUCAGAUUAUAACUUCUUCAGAACUUCAGUGGAACAAACAAAGACACUUGCCUCUCGAAACAGACUAAAACAAGUAGAAGGCAUUAUUAACUAUAUUCUAAGUGAAUCACCUGAUAACAAUGUUCAAGAAGUAGAAAAGAUAGAAAUAAGCUCUCUUCAGACACUGGAAACUAAAAUACAGGAGUCUUUAGGAUCAUUAGGUCAUUUUUCUGAGUCUGAAAAUAAUGAAGUAACAAGUACUGAGAGUUGGGACCUAAAAAACAAUUUUCCUUUUCUCCAGGAAGAGUGUGAUCAAGUCUCUGAAAAGAAGCAGGAUUUAAUUUUGGAUGUUUCUAUUCUAAAAAAGAAAGUAAAGAUUCUUGAGAAUAAUUCUGAGGCUAAUACUAAGUAUAAGAUGUUAUAUGAAGAUGCAAAUAGGGAAAAUUACUGUCUUCAGGAAGAACUCAAAAUGAUUGAAGCACAGUAUGAUAAAGAAAUGAAAAAUAGCAAAGAGCUCACAUUAGAAGUUUUCAGUUUACAGAGUGAGCUAAAGAAAGCUGAGACAAUAACUGAAGCAUUACUCAGGAUUAAACAGAGCUAUGAUGAAGUUAAAAUUGAAAAUGAAGAACUAAAGACUCUAGUUUUGAGACUUGAGGAAAAGAUUGAGAAACUACAGGGGAAAGCAGUGGAACAGUAUGAGUGUUUUUUAUUAAAUGAAGUUGAUACCCAAGAACUGAAAACUGAAAAAAAUAUAUUAGAACAAAAUAAAAGGCUGGAACAGUUUGGUAAAAAAUGUAUGACUGUGAAGUCUGUUUUAAAAGAACAAAAUCAAGAAAAUUUGACCUGUAGGGAGGAAGACACAUGGCUCCUAGAAAAAACAAUGGUAUCUGAAGAUUUCUGGCUUCGGGAAAAGAUGAACCUUGAAGAAAAGUCAACUGAACAAAACCAACUUAAGAAACUUGAGGAAAAUCCUAUACUCUCAGACCUUCAAGGGAAAUAUCACCAUAAUGACACACGAAUAGAAGAAUUAGAAUUAGAGAAAAACAAAUUACAAGAGCUGACCAGAAAACUAAGAGAGAAAGUAGCCAAUUUAGUUAAACAGAAACAUGUAGAUUGUCAUGGGGGAAAAGAGGAGCUAAAGUCAAUGAUGUAUGACUUGCAAAGUACAUGCAGUGAGAUGCAACACAAAGUUGAACUACUGAGACAGGAGUCUGAAAAGUUUCAAGAAGAAAACCCAAUUUUAAGGAAUGAAAUUACCAUUUUAAAUGAAGAAGGUAGCAUUUCUUACCUAAAAUUAAGUGAAUUAAGGGGAUCUCAAGAAGAAAUAUGGAAAAAAAUAGAGACUGUAAGAAAGGAAAAAAAUACUAUACAGAAGAUGUUUGAAAACUUUAAAAAGCAGGUAUUAGAAUUAAAAGCCAAAAAUCAGCACUUGGAUUUGGAAAAUGCAGAACUUAUCCAAAAGAACACCCCAAAUGAAGCCGACCUUCAGUAUCUUCAUCAAUAUUUAGCACAAAUCCUGUAUCAGAAAGAAAAAGAGAUAGGAAAUUGUACAUUGGAAGGAUGGGAAAAAGAAAACAUAAAGCUGAAAGAGGAAUUAGACAGUUACAAAGCAAAGUCAUCUGAUUUAGUGUCUUCUCUGGAGGCAGAAUUGUCUAAAAUAAAGAUUCAAAGCCAUUCUUUGCAACAGGAAAAUUUCCUCCUCAAAAAUGAACUGGAGAGAAUAAAACAAAACUGGCUUCCAGAUCCAGCCAUAUGUUCUUCAGGGUUACAGAACCAGCACAAAGUGUUGUCUUGGCAUAAGAUGGAUCAUCUGAUUAAUCAAGAACAGCAGUUAUUAAUGCAGGAGAAUAAAAGAAUUCAAAUUGUGGUGCAGAACUCAAAAACAGAACUGAUACAUUCAGAAGAGGAGGUAAGUCAAAUGAAUAAACUUGAAGAAGAAUUUCAAACAAUUCAUUUGGAAAAUCAAAGCCUGAAAAAUAAGCUAGUAAAAGUAGAUGGGGAGUUAAUGGAGAUACAAGACUAGACAGUCAGUGUGACAUUUAAUCCAUCCUCAUAGCCUCCAAAUGUGCUGCUCCUUCAGCAGCAAGGCUAUCUUGUGGUGCUCAGGGAGCAGUGUCUACAGCUUCAACAAUUGUUACAGGUUGAAUGGAGAAAUCAACUCCUGGAGGAUGAACUUGAAAACAGUUCAUCUGAAUCCCAAACAUAAUUUGGGAGCCAUAAGCAGCUGGCAAUGGCUAUGGAGGAACGCAUGAUAGAGGUUGAGCAAAAGUUGAAACUAGUGAAAAGGCUUCUUCAGGAAAAAGUGAAUCAACUAAAAGAACAACUUUGUAAGAAUACAAAAUCUGAUGCAGUGGUGAAGGAUAUAUAUGUUGAAAAUACUCACCUGUUAAAAUCUUUGGAGAUGACUGAACAAUGGCAGAAAACAGCAGAAAAGAAAAACUGUCUUCUGGAGGAGAAGAUUGCAAGCCUCAGUAAUAUCAUCAGGAAUCUGACACCAGCACCAAUGACUGCUGUACCUCCUCUCAGGUCAUAGAUGAGCCAUAAAAUCUACAGGACUAUAUUCCCUUUACUGAAUAUAUAUUCCUGUCC